CCAUGGACGCCUACUACGUCGUCUUCGUCUCUCCAACCCGGGGACAUUUUCCACCCUCCAAAUCGAAACCAGAUUGAAAUCCUAGGGGCUAGGGUUACCCUCCAUCCCAUCGUCCGAUCCGAUCCGAUCCCGCCGCUCAUCCAUGUCCCACCACGACGGAAGCAAGCCAUACCAGCCGCGCCGGGGGCCCGAGCGGCACCCGCAGCCAGCGGAUGGGAUCGCCGCCCCGCCUCCCGCCGCCGUUGCCCCGUCGGUGGAGCACCUCGUGGCGGCCGCCGCCGAGGCGGAGGCAUUGAACCGCUUCGCCGCGGAACAACAGCAGCAGCUGCAGGGGCACGAGCAGGAGGUUGGGGAGGAAGAGGAGGAGGAGGACGAGCAGGAAGACGAGAUGGAGGAGGAGGACGAGGAUGAGCACGAAGGUCAGCACGGCGGCAUCGGUGGGGAGCACGUUCCCAUGGACGCGGAUGCUGCUGCCGCGGCGGCGGCGGCCGCAGUCUCGCAGAUGGACCCGCACUCGGCGUUGGUGGCUGGGACCGUGCCACCCAUGGCGACCAACCAGCUCACCCUCUCGUUCCAGGGCGAGGUCUAUGUGUUCGACUCCGUCUCCCCUGAUAAGGUCCAAGCCGUGCUUUUGCUGCUUGGAGGGAGGGAGCUGAGCAGCCUGGGCGGAGCGUCGUCCUCUGCACCUUAUAGUAAGAGGUUGAAUUAUCCACAUCGGGUGGCAUCUCUGAUGAGAUUUAGGGAAAAGCGGAAGGAGCGGAACUUUGAUAAGAAGAUCCGAUACUCUGUCCGGAAGGAAGUUGCACUUAGGAUGCAGCGUAAUCGAGGUCAAUUUACAUCUUCAAAACCAAAGCCUGAUGAAAUAGCAGCAUCAGAAAUGGCAUCCGCAGAUGGCUCCCCGAAUUGGGCAUUAGUUGAAGGCCGACCUCCAUCUGCUGCCGAAUGUCAUCACUGUGGUACUAAUGCAACAGCUACACCAAUGAUGCGUCGCGGACCUGAUGGACCAAGAACAUUAUGCAAUGCAUGUGGCCUCAUGUGGGCAAAUAAGAAUGGAAGCGCCAUGUCUGCGCCUGGCUCUGAGCUAGAGAAUGCUGCAGCAGCCAUGACCAAUGGCCACGAGUCAUCGAGUAGUGGUGUUUAAUCCAGCGAUGGGGUAAAAGCCACGAGGAGCAUCAUCCCGGAGUGAUCUCUGCAGUAGGCGGUCAGCUGCUGUACUAUAAUUGAGUUGGAGGCUGCUUAGAUAUGGAAUCCUUCCAUUUACCUUGGUGCCCUGUAGUUAAGAGCUAUGACAGUGCUUUAUCCCGUGUCAUGUUUGCAGCCGCUGCGUCUAUAACGAAGCUAUUUCUUGUCUUGAGGCGUGACUGUUAAGAACCGUUGAAGUCCACUCAGUUUUAACCGUGCAGCAACGUCUUCGAUCAAUAUCUCAGAGUACUUAGGGAGCGCUUGCCACACGGAGCAGCUAAACCACCGAAACGUUUCCAUUUUCAACUAGAAUCGGACUGUGCCAUUUUGAAAUGCGUCACCGAAAUGUAAUCGAUGUAUAUCGAAUUGGCAGAAGGUUGGUUCCGUAUAUGAACCAUCUCAGUUUCUUUGCCUGAA